AGCUGACAGGUUUGUUUUGCUUGCUCGAGUUCGUCCACAACACAGCCAGAGGAAGGAAGCGACGACAUCAAACCGUCUCUAAAUUAGCGUACCUUUUAGUUUGUAUUUUAACAAUAAGCUACCAGCACAUGGGAACUCGAAUAGUUGUAUAAAUCAUUAUUAGCUUUUAUAUUUUGGCUUUGAUACAGACACUACCUCCGUUUUCAUUUACUGUCAACUGGUUGACUUUGACGCAAUGCCUUCAGAAAAAACCUUCAAACAAAGAAGGACAUUCGAACAGAGAGUAGAAGAUGUCAGACUGAUCCGAGAGCAGCACCCCAACAAGAUACCAGUGAUCAUUGAGAGGUAUAAAGGAGAAAAACAACUUCCCAUCCUGGACAAGACCAAGUUCCUGGUGCCAGACCAUGUCAACAUGAGUGAACUCAUCAAGAUUAUCAGGAGGCGCCUCCAGCUGAACUCCAACCAGGCUUUCUUCCUGCUGGCUAAUGGCCACAGCAUGGUCUCUGUGUCGGCUGCCAUCUCCGAGGUCUAUGAACGGGAGCGGGACCAGGAUGGCUUCCUCUACAUGGUCUACGCCUCCCAGGAGACCUUUGGCACAGCUACGACCGCCCAGUGAACAGCCUUCCUUCUUCUUCCACCUGGCAAGCGAUUGGACAAUUGUAGUUUUUAGUCCCCACCAUGUUUCUUGCCACACACCUUUUAGUCUCGACUGUAAGAACUAAAACACAAACUGCUAAAUCUAAACACAGUGUACGAUAAUUUCCCGGCUCGGAUUGGUUUAGGUUAUGAUCUCUGUAUUAUGACUGCAGUGAGCGAAUAGACUGUUUGGGUACCACCACUCUCACCCAGUAGCAUAAAGCCACAAGGGUUAACCAAAACAGCAGAGUUUAAGUAGAGAAAUCCCCAAAUCGGACUAUGACUCAGGCCAAUAGUUUUUAAGUGUGUGUCUCUGCUUCUUUAUUGUGCUCUCUGGUGAAACAUGUCCACCGCCAUGGCAACGUACCACCUGUUGACGGUAGUUAUUUACAGCGUUGUGUGUCUCCUCUGCUGUAUUUAUGUUAAUGUAUAUGUAAAUUUCAGGUAGGGCUAUUACAUAAAAGUGGCAAGGCUCCACCACUUAUCUAAAUAUACAUUAGCCAAUGAACAAAGCCAACCUUAAUUUUAAGGGUUUUUGGAGACAGGCGACAGAGAAAGUUAGGAUAUGUUUUUUAAAGAAGCAUUUAUUGCAGUUAAAAGGUGAAACUUGGGGAUUUGUAGUCUGGAUUAGAGUACUUUUGCCAGAGAAAAAUGCUAAAUGAAGUAGAGAAGAUUCUCGUGAAUUUAAUGCAUCUCUGCUGUGUGUCUCAUCACAUUCCCUCAAUGGUCCUUCUUUGGUGUUUUUUAACCUUUCCUGCAUUGUAUCCUUAAGCAUCUUCACUGUAACGAAAAAUAUGUUGGGGAACUGCUUUUGCUCUUGAAAUGGAUGAUUGUAGUUUGCAAAAAAAAAAAAAAAAUGCCUUGGUGUACAGAUAUUAUUGACUUUACAGCUUUGAAUAUAAAAGGGGUUCCAAUGAGAGUGUAACCAAGUUGACUUUGGACACACUACAAGGAGCAUGGUCUGAUUGCAUUUGUGAAUGGAGGAUGAUGGUGUUUCUGUAAAUGCCGAUUAGAGGAGAGGGGUUGCCAUUUUCUUUUCUAUCUCCUUUCCCAGAGCUGUCACUGUUGUUCAGUUUCAGUUCACUGAAAUUCAACAAGCACUUUCGCUGUGGGGAACGUACAUCUGCCCAGAGGAGUUUUAAGGGCUGCACUCUGAAAGAAAAAGAAACAUUUGAGUAUCCUGUCUGUCUAUAAAUGGUCCUUCACUGGCUGUGCUGCUCCUCCUCCUCACCAUCUUCUUAACAGAUUGAGGUUUAGCUGCUUUUAUAUCGCAGUAUUUUAUCUUUUUGGUUCUUUUUAUUUUAUGUGAUUUUCAUUUUUGUUGUAUGACAUGUCUUUAGUCUACUCUGUCUACAGUAUGUGAAGUACAAAGGUGACUUUUUUUCUGACUAGUGAAAGCCACUGUGUGUUUGUUACAGAGGGGUGGAGCAUUUGUCUCAGUGUUUUUUUCUGCCUGCUCCUCUGUUUCUCACACACAUAUCCUCACACAGCAAUAUCACACAGCCUCUUAUGUAUUUAUGUUGGUAUUUUGUAAACAAUAAAAGGAGAAAAAAAA